UCUGCAUGAGAGAUAAGGUCAAUACAUCAACAACAAUCAUGACCAUGUCCAACCGGUCCCGCAGUUCACCGUUCACCGCUAAUUAGACCAGCAGCAAAAACAACAACAAAAUAAAACUGUACUGAGUCAGACCAUAUUUUGAUAAUGAUUGAAUUGUGGAUUAUUACUACCAUAUCGUGAACGUGGCGCUACACUGUCUAAUCUUGUCUGGCAGCUGAUUAAGAAACUUAUUGUGCGUUUGCAGGGAAUACAAAGCAGUGCUGGCAUGGACGCGCCGGAGCAGAUCACAACAACGGCCGCAGCAGCUGGCGCCGAAACGUUAGCAAUGCCGCAUGCUGAUGGAACGACUGCAACUGGCUCACAGAGCGAUACAUCUGAGGAGGAGGACUACAUGGAUAAUAGCAUUGAGUUGCGUGGGUACCUCAGCAAGUGGACCAACUACAUUUACGGCUGGCAACCGCGUUAUAUAGUGCUAAAGGAUGGCACGCUUUCCUAUUACAAAUCUGAGUCGGAGUCAGACUUUGGCUGCCGUGGCGCCAUCAGUCUAACAAAGGCGACAAUUAAGGCACACGAGUCCGAUGAGCUGCGCUUCGAUGUGGUCGUGAAUAAUCUAAACAAUUGGUGCCUUCGAGCCGAGACCAGCGAGGAUCGUAUGCACUGGGUGGAGGUGCUGCAGCUAUAUAAGGAGGGCACGGGCAGCACAGAUACCACCUCGCUGCGGCGCCAUGGCAGCACCAUGUCCCUGCAGUCGAACACCAUAUCGCUGGCCAGUGGCGGAAGUCUGAAGAAAACGCAGCGUAAUCUGCGCGAGAAAGUUGGCGAAUUGGAGACCUUUAAGGACAUACUCUUUGUGCAGAUUGAAACGCUGCAGCGUUACUUUGAUGCCUGCUCCGAAUUAAACAGGAAUAAUGCUCAGCCACUGGACUUGGGUGAUGGCCUAAGGCCCAUUGAUUUCAAGGGCGAGUCCAUUACGUUUCGUGCCACUACGUCGGGUGUUCUAAGCACGCUGCAACAUUGUUUGGAAAUUAUUGCCGAAAAUGAUGAAUCAUGGAAACGCAAACUGGAGCGUGAGAUUGAUAAGCGUCGACGCGCCGAAGAGCAAAAUAAAAAGUUCAAGGAUGAAGUCGAAAAACUAAAGCGUCUAUCAUAUCCAGGCCCCGAUUUCGAGGAGGGUCCACAUUCCACAUUGCCGGAGGAUGAGUUCUUUGAUGCUGUCGAAACGGGCCUGGAGAAAAUCGAAGAGGAUAUGCAGUUGCGUUUCAAGCUGAAGCUCCAAUCGCAAAUCUCACAGACGCUCGUCAAUGUGCCGCACGAGGCCGUUGCGGAGGGCGAGGAGGCGCGUGAGGAAUUUGGCACCGGGGCCGAGGCCAAGUGCCACACACUCUGGCCCGAGAUUGAUCGCGUGUGCAAGGAGCAAUUGCACUAUGCACGCGAAGGCGUCGGCCAGGAUGGCAAUGGCUGGCAAAUCUUUGCCGACGAGGGCGAAAUUAAAAUGUACAAACGCGAGGAGGAGGUCAAUGGCAUGGUAAUGGAUCCCCUAAAGGCCUAUCACUCCGUCAAGGGUGUCACGGCGCGUGAGAUGUGCCAUUAUUUCUUCAUGCCCGAGUUCCGCAACGACUGGGAGACCACGCUCGAGGACUGCACAAUUUUGGAGAAAAUCUCAGCGGACACGCUGCUCUUUCUGCAGACACACAAACGUAUUUGGCCCGCCAGCCAACGUGAUGCACAGUUCUGGUCGCAUAUGCGCAAAGUGGGGGAUGGCCUGGAGCCGGGCACCCGCGACAUGUGGCUGGUGUGCAAUAACUCAACGGAAUAUGGCAAACAAGAGUCCAAGAAUGGUAAAUGUGUGCGCAUCUUUUUGACUGUCAUACUCGCCUGCCAAACUAUUUUGCCCGAAAACUAUGUCAAGGGUCAGCCGCUGAAUCGUAAGGAUCUAACAUGCAAGGUGACAUACUGCUCAGUGGGUAAGUACAGCUUGCAUUAGCU